AUGCCGCAAGCCUUCAUCGCCCCGACCCAGCCGAUCCGCCGGGAAAAGCCGGGAACGGCCGAAAGGAGCCGGAAACAGCCGAGGGGAGCCGGAAACAGCCGAGAGGAGCCGAAAGGAGCCGGAAACAGCCGAGGGGAGCCGGAAACGGCCGAGAGGAGCCGGAAACGGCCGAGAGGAGCCGAAAGGAGCCGGGAACAGCCGAGAGGAGCCGGGAACAGCCGAAAGGAGCCGAAAGGAGCCGGAAACGGCCGAAAGGAGCCGGAAACGGCCGAGAGGAGCCGAGGGGAGCCGGAAACGGCCGAGAGAGGCCGAGAGCAGCCGGAAAUGGCCGAUGGCCGAGAGGAGCCGGAAACGGCCGAGAGGGGCCGAGAGCAGCCGGAAACGGCCGAGAAGGGCCGAGAGGAACCGGAAACGGCCGAGAGGGGCCGAGAGGAACCGGAAACGGCCGAGAGGAACCGGAAACGGCCGAGAGGAGCCGAAAGGAGCCGGGAACGGCCGAGAGGAGCCGGGAACAGCCGAAAGGAGCCGAAGCAGCAAUGGCAACAUUAG